AUGCGCGGGCCUGCAAGCCAUCAGACUAGUCUACCCGCAACUGUUUGCGUGCUUGUGUCUUUCUACUGUCUACUUGCUCUGCACCCGCUGGGCUACAAACCUGGUCCUAGUACAGGCCAAGAGGACGGAUCUAAGCCCAUGGAGCGCAUCUUCGAUGCUCGUCUGGCUGUCUGUAGUUCCAUGCUCUGA